CCACAUUUGCGAGUGAACAGCUGCAGUGCAUUUUGUCACUGGCAAGACGAAGCUCCUAUUGCAUGAAUGUGUUUUCAUAUUGCCUCACAAGUUGAUACCGUUUGCAUCGAGCACAGCUUGCAAAAGUUCGGAAGAAACUAUUUUGUUAUUAUAUCUUUCUUUCUUGUGCGAUGUGUGACUUCAUAACAUCCAGAGGAAUAUCAGGGGAAUUGGUAAUUAACUCGAUAAAGGAAAUAUCAAUGAUUUGAGUGCUGCCAAGACAUUUAACUUGUUACAUCCUGACCCGUUAUCCUGCCUGGUGUUUACGGGGCACGCUGCCCGCUGAGAGCGCUUGGUCUUCCCGCUGUACAGGUCAAGAUCACCAUUAAUUCGAGUGCAGGCCAACAGUAGGAUUAGCAGUGAUCGGGGCAGGGAUAUUCAUGGACAACAAAGUUUUGUUUUGUGCGUGGAUUUCUGAAAAACUAUAUGGUUCCUGAUGAGGUCCCACAAACUUGAUCGGUCACCCUAGCUGCCUGGAGAAGGUGACCUUCAACACUUUACAGGACGCCCUCACAGUGACCGAGUCAAGAUGGCUGUUACAUGGCAGGACUUCACAAUCUUUGGAUCCUUCAUGUUUUUCGUCGCCAUCGGUUGGACAUUCAAGCAGAGCUACGAGAAGUUCACCCGCUACCGCGAGAAAACCGAAGUCGACGAGGAGAUCGAGAGUGUCAUGAUCGAACAGUGCUUCAAAAGAUCAUGGAUCGAAGGCAUCCUCAUCGCAACCAGCGUCAUCGUCCUCUUGCUCAUCGAGAUGAUGCCACGGCUGGAGAAAGGAAAAGAGACACCCUCCGCAGCUAUCGAGUCCCGAUGGUUUAUCUACGUCAUCUGGUUACCAUAUGCCUUAUACAGCGUGGUCUUAAUUUUAUGCGACUUUUAUUCAACCUGGAUGCGUGUUUGGAUCAAACCAUGUAUAUUAUUUGCCCUGCUCUGUGAGUAUGCCAUCGUAGCAGCGCACCUGAACAGCUUACCGACCGGCUGUGACAGGUGCAUGUACACACCUGUAUGUACCCUUAUAUACUUCUCGGCCCUGGUAGUCGUAGGGGAACUUCUGGUGCCAGAGUUUGAGCAGCUUGCGUGGCUCCGUUGUGGAUGCUCUCUGGUGCAAGGAACUUGGUUUGUCCAGAUAGGAUGCACCCUGAGUAUGACAGGAAGGGAGUGGAGACGGGACGAGGGUGUCGGAUUAACCGUUUUUAUUAUUUUCAUCUGGCAUUGCGUGCUCGCAUGGAUAGUGAUACGCGUCUUGAAGAAGACGGUGAAGGUGGUGAGUACCUCGAGGCCGAGCGGAGACAAUGCUUGGGAAUACUUCGAUUUGUAUAGUGAUGAUGAAGAUGAUUUUUACUAUGGGACCAAAUCGACUAAAAACAGUGGUUGGAUGCAGAGAGGGGGCAUUGCCUUAACACCUGAACAAGUUAUAGCCAUGGGAUAUAGAACAGACUAUUCAUGACCGAGGUAUUUCUUCAUGCAGUUCUCGUUUGCUAUUCCUAGGAGAAAAGAUAACAAUUGCAGUUCGGCCGGUAUAGAAAGCUACCAUCAAAGAGAAAAUAAUAGUCGGCUACUGUUGAUACGUCUCUCAUAUAAUGCCACAUGUUCACUAUGAAGAAAAUGUCAGAGCGCAAGUUAAAACUGACGGGUUGUUUCCUUCGUGUGGUGAUUGCCUGUGCAAAGUGCCAAAUUGAGAGCUUUGGUUUUAUUUGCAAUAGUAUAUCAUUUGAAUUUUUUAUACAUGAAUAUUAAACAGGUUUCAAUAUCCAUGCACCUUUUCUGCAAAAAGGAAGCACCGAAUCUCAUAUCGUCCUUUUAAGUUCUUGUUUGUAUGUUACCAGUUUCCAAUUCUAUACGCUCUUUCAAGCUGUGAAAUGUGAUGGCUAGUUUAUUGCCUCGGGUAAAAUCGUGUCAUUUCAAGAAACAUAGGCCUAUAAUUAUUAAUAGGACAAUAAGACCUCAUGCCCUUCCGCUUCUCAUUACGGAGGAAUGUUGACAUUUUCGUUUUAUAAAUCUUCAGCUUUAUAUACAUUAUACAUCCAUGUAACCAUGGUAACAGUAUUCAAUUUUACUCAUCAGCAUAUCGUGAGAGAAAAAUCUUAAAACAAAAUUUCACUUGCCAAAUUAAUGAGUUUGUUUUUCACAAAAAUGAGAAUUUGUAGUCAUUUCUUCUGUUCAUUGUUUUGUUUUUAUUAGAUAUAGCAUAUCAGGUAAAAGUAUCAGCUUUCGAGAGUAAAUUGUGCAAUUUAUUCGUCAUACAAAAUGUUCAA